AUGCAACGAUCCGACAUCACCGGACGACCGAUCGUUCCCGCCGCAAGCAGACGACCUUGGCAGCUGGACGAGCGCCGCGUCCUCCUGCUUCUCUUUCAUCUCUGGAACCUGACACAGGAUCAAAUCAGAGACAUCUUUCACGCCAUCUUCCCGCACCGCGCCGACUACGGGACACCGAAGCUGCGUGAUCAACACAACCAGCGCUGGAGUGGCGGCAGGAGAGAGCGCGACUGGCGCGUGCUCGAUCGACCAAACGAUUACAACGGAACUCCAUACACAAACCAGGAGCACCUUGAGUUCGCAAACGCCGUGGCAGAUAUCGUUCGAGAGGCAGCAAACCUCAACAUCGCGUUGACUCUACAAGUUGCCCCAACGCAUGAGUAUCUGACACACGUUCCUGCUGGGACUGCUGGAAUCUUGCCUGGACCUGUUGCCGCUCCACAAGCACAAGCAGCUCCAGGGGCCGGGCCAGCGACGGCGCCACCAGCGGUAGCAGCGCAAACGCAAGCGCAAGCACGCGUAAUACCGGGAACUGCAAGAAAGGCACCCGUCUCAACACCAGUCUCCAAUGCAGUGGACGCCGACGAACAAACCGACGACGAUGAUAACAGCUCGUCCCAUGAGAGCGAGUCGGAUGUGGCCGACGAUGACGCUGACCACGAGUCUGACGAGGACUACGAAUCCGACGAUGGCGCAAACAACGGGCAGGACCACGAGCUGGAUGUGGUAGAUGUUGACGAGAACGAUGACUCUGAUGCUUCCACAAACAACGACGAUCAAGAAGCAACCAUUGCGGACGAAGAGGAAAGCGAAGAAGAGCUAUUUCUUCGAGAACCAGACGUUCGCCCUCCUGGUCCCGAUGUUGGUUCCUCUUUCGAGGAAGCGGCACGCAGGGCAGAACUUGGAGCAGCUCAAGGUACAAACGUUCCUCAGUCACCAGACGCACCGACGCCGCCAACAAUGGCACCUUACCCACCGGCGAACGGCAACACUGACCAUCGACACUUGGACGACCUGCACGGCUUGAGAAUGCUUCACUACAAGGAUGUGAAGUUCUGUGCCUUCGGUGCGCACAUCAUCGAAGCCAACGCUGUCCCAGUCAACCCUGAGUCUCAGCUGUACCGCUUGGGAGGGCCACUACAUCUGGUCUCAACUCACAUCAACUCCGAGACCAAGGAGAUCACUGGCAAAGAGUUCGUCCUCGUAUGCAACACCACGUGGUGUGGUGUAUGCAGAGCCACCGACUGGGCACGACCCGUGCCAGACCCAAUGACGCCUCUACCAGAAGACAGCUGCAUGUCUCACCACGACAUUACUCUCGAGCUUCAACUGCUCCGAACGCGCGGUCGUCCACUUGUGCAUCGAGGCGACAUGGGGCAGGGUGAGCAAAGCAACAGCUUCUGUGUACGGAUCGGAGAAGGGAACAGAGUGACUCCAUACUCUGCUGCGGUAUCGAGGCGAGCGUGGUACGAUGUGCGGAUUGUGGUACAUCUUUCUGAGGGUGACAGAGUCAUUUCGGUCAUGCUUUGUGGAGAAGGAUGUGACAAGUGCUAG